AUGCUUCAAUUAAUGCAGCAGCAAGGCCCAUCAAGAACAAAUCAAACCAUUCCAUAUCCUUAUCCACAACGACUCGAUGAAAAAGCUAAAAUAAGCUUUUAUAAGUGUCGAAAGUGUGGAAAGUUUUAUAAGACAAAAUAUAGUUGGCGACGUCACGAGAAGAAAGAAUGCGGUGUUGCACCGCAAUUUCAUUGUGACAAGUGCGAGUUUAAAACGAAGUACAGGUAAUCACAACCUCAGGAGUCAUCAAAAGAUAAGACACGCUGAAUAUCAAGGCGAAGGUGUUACGAUAACGACAGUGAGAAAGAGUCGAUCAUCGGCAAAUCUUCAACCAACUUCUUCACAUUCCCAAACGUCAUCUUCGUCUCUUAUAAUUUCACCUCCACCACCCUCUAAUAUUCUCAAUCUUAACACAAGUGAUAACAAAUCUACUUUACCAAUGUUCAAAGAUUGAAAGUCAAUGUCGCGUUGGGGCGUCUUGGGUGGGAAUAAUUUUGAUUGUUGAUGUUAACCUCGUCGGGAUACGCGUGACGAAACGUACAAAUUUUCACGUUACAUUUCCAAAUACCAUGAAACUUAUUGUAGUCAAGAUAAAGUCGUGAGUAGAGCUUUUAUAGAAAAAAAAUAAUGAAGAAGAUGAUUGAGUGAAGAAGCUUCACAUCAUUUCAUCUUUAAGUGUUCUAGCAUUGUCCCAGUGACAUGGGCUGACAUUGUCCCCUGAUCAAUGUUGUAUAACGAUUUUAGAUGAAUUUUAUUUCCAUGUCUCCAAUUGAUGUUAAAAGUAUGCAAAAAAUUUAUGUGCAAUGGUGAUCGAUGAAGGUGUCGAUUAUUCGAUUGUGUGAAAAUUCAGUGCCUAAAAACCUUUGAAAAGGAAAGAGAAGAAAAAUAUAACAAAAGAAUUGUUUUUUGUUUUUUCAUAAACGUUGUAGCGUAGAGAGAACUUAGAAUGAAAUAUAUAAAUUUAAAUAAUUAAUUAUUGAUGCCCAAAGCUGGACAAUGAUUCCCAUUUUUACCAAUUUUUCAAUUCUUCCGUUUUUUAUCCGGAGAAUAUUUUUAUACAAAGCGACGAUAAAGACAUUUGCAAAUUAUUAUCUUAUUCAAUUUCUUACAAAACUAGCUAGGAUGCGGGUGGGGAUUUAAAAAUAAAGAAAGAUUCAUGUUUUAUGAUAUAUAUUUUCCCCUAAUAUUUUUUAUUAUUAUUUUUGUUUUUAAUGAAACGGAAGCCAGUACCAGAGACAAACAAAAGAAAGAAGAAAUUUGUUUAGAUUUUAGUUGAUACUUAUACAAGGAAAAAAGUCGAUUUAAGUCCUUCUUUUUAGACUCCCGUCAACCACAAUCCACAGGAGAUAAUAAAAACGUGUUGAAUAUAUUUAAACAAAGUUUUCUAUCUUUAGAAUUUUUACAGACUUUUUUUUUUGCUGUUUAUGAAAAUAAAUUUAUCACCAAAAUUGUUUCGUUGAUUUUGUUUCUUAUUUUUUUCUUUUGUGUUUUAAUGAUCGUUUGUAAAUAAAUAUCUUUGGUUUUUGUAAUGUUUUGUUUAUUAUUUACCAGAAAACGAAAGAAAAAACAUUGAAGGAAAAAUUAUAAUUACACUUAUGGUGAAUGAUGAA